UUUGCUCAGUUCCAAUCAAAAUGUGGCUGCUCACACUUGGCUUCACGAUGCAGCUCCUGCUGCUCUAUUCGCUGCUGCUGCUGCUGCCCCACCCCGGAUUUUCCCUCGGAGUAAGGGAGCCCUAUAGAUACGACAGGUAUGAGGGCAACCCCUUCCUCAACCGCCCACAGAAUUUGGAGCGAAACUGAUGUGCAUAGCCGUACCAAAGGGGUUUCGAAAAAAUACAAUAAACUAUUGAAUCGCUGGGUCA